GCUAGUAACCGAGCUUGCCGUUGCUAAGGCAAAACUGGUAGUGUUGGUGAUGAUGCUGCUGCUGUCACUUUUUCAUGGCUGAGUUGGGGACUGUAAACGUGUUGAUGUGAUGAUGGACCUGUUUCAAGGCAAUUAUCAUUUUUAUUUUCUUAAGUGUAGGGUUCGUCAGUUAUUAGGGAAACAUGCCAUAAACGUGUCAUAGAUAAGGGGGAUGCUUGCAGAGUUUUUGAAGAUAAGCUGCCAGGUAUAUACCAAUCCUAGGCGCAGCACAUCCUCUGCGCUCAAAAGAGCUGUCUAUCGACUCAUCUAUGUGAGCAACCAUUGCUCAUUGCACUGCCCAUUCUAGGAUACUCAGGUAUUAAGACGUUGGUUACACACUCGCCGCGUGUAGUUAACUCGCCUUUGUCAUUUUAAAGAAUUAGCUAAUUAUCAGCUCGAUUCUUACUAGGUAGGCUACAGCAUCGGCUAACGCCUACCCAAUAAGAAGUCUUGCAUCAGAGAAAGAAAUUACACACAGCCUACUGCUUACUCAUCAAUGCGCUUAUCUUUAUGACUGUCUUUCGUGGUCAUUUGAGUGUAAAGCUUGUUAAUAACAGCGAUGUUAUGAGUUAUUUGCUCAAUAAACUUACUAGCCUUAGUCGCCGUUUGGACAGCUACAUUGAACUCUAUAUUGCCUAGUAGCAUAGCACAUAGGCUAGCUUGGUAUAUCCCACACUAAUCAUUGUUAUGGUCCAAUUAGUUUUAUUUAUCCUAAUUGUGAAUCACCACAGAGAGCUCUGAUGCAAUAGCCUAUGAAAACGCAGACAGAAUGACUGUGCGCUUAAUUAUCCAGAAAAGUUCCCAUGAAGAGCGAUGGGCCAUGAAGGACAUUUUCAUGACUUUUUUAAAACUCCCAUAACUAAAUGGACAGAGACUGGACCGUGCCGGUUGCACCUGUCACACCUAAAGAACUCGUUGUUCUUCUCCUGUUUUUUCAACCACAAAAGGCUACCAACCAGUCAAUUUUACACUAGGUUUCUCUUCAGUUUUUAUAGAUUUUUCCUUCUAUUUGAAAACGCUUUCCAGACUGAGCAUUGAUUCACCAACAUUAUGCGGUCGAAUGAAUCGUGCUGAAGAGGACCUGGGCUUGAACUGCCCGACAUACUUGUAUAUAAUUUAUCGUCGUCCAUUGCUGCCUAUAGAAAUUUCUUAUGAACUGAACCGGGUUGGAGGUGCAGAACUGUAGGAUGGAGCCUCGCUGCUUUUAUUUCAGCACACGUUUUCCAUUGGUGGGAAGUUUUUAAGGUUUUGAGGACAGUAAACACUAGCCUAUGUUACCGGAGCACAAUUGAAUCACCGCAGGAUACAAACAUGCCUUACAUGCCUGUAAGAAAAAAAGACACAGAGAGGGCUCUAGGCCUUCUGGAAGACUACUGUUCUAAACUGAUCAAGCCCGAGGAACAACAGCUCAAAACUGCCAUUCAGAGAGUGAUGGGAAUCUUCAAUAGCAGUCUGUUCCAAGCACUGCUUGAUAUCCAGGAGUUCUACGAAGUCACGUUGCUCGACGCCAGGAAGAGCGGCAGGCAGCGGCUGGAGGAGGUCAACCACACGGCGCGGCGCUGGGAGCGGACGGCCUCCUCGGCUCGCCCGCUCCGGCCCGACGCCGGCCCCGCGGAGAAGAUGAGGGAGCCCGGUAGUUCCGAGCCCGGUGGGAAGGAGAAGUCCGAGGAGAGCGUCCCGACCAAUGAUAACAGGCCGCCAGCGGUGCAGGGGUCCCCUCCCAGCGGCCCGCCGCCGCAAUGUAUGAACCCCGCCUUGAUGAACGCUCCCUGGCAGUACCGUUACCAGGAUGAAGACUCCCCUCCCCAGGACCACGGCUUUCCGCGCCUGACCAACGAGGCACGCGCCCCCGAGCUGGUGCACGUGUCGGAGAAGAACCUGUCGGAGAUCGAGAACGUGCACGGCUACGUCUCCCACUCCCACAUCUCCCCUCUCAAGCCUGCUCUGGUAACCCGUUUUGAUCUUGCAUACCCGGGUGUGACUGCGGCAAACUACUUGGCAAGUUUUGUUUUUUUCAUUCGGGGGGAAAGUUGUUUGUGUCUUUUUUCCCCUCCGUUCUCCUGUGGGGUUCGAACCCGCUGA